GUAGUACACAAUACACAGUACGGCUGUGGUAACCGAAGUUGAGUGUAGUCGACCGCAUUGUAUACGGAUAAAGGUGUUGUGCGUUUAGUUGCUUUGUUGCAUCAACCUGUGCAAUGUUUGGGUAUUUUUGGACGGUUUUCGCUGGCGCAUGUAAUUCUCGUGACGCGUGAAUUACAGCCGGAAUUAUGGCUGAAUCCGAACAGAGGACUAAGGACGGUUGCAACACGACGAGGGAGACGAUGGUCAAGCAAGAAAAACGCGAGAAUACGUUGACGAAUGGCGGGAAGGGCUCCGGCGAUGACGCUGACAGUCUCGAGGAGUUGCCGCUCGAUAUAGGCGAGCACUAUCUCGUUCGCAGAUCCGACGAUUCCUGGCAUCCUGCUGAAAUUAUCCAAACACGUUACAAUGAGAAUGAAAAUCAUUAUGAAUAUUAUGUUCACUAUGAAGGACACAAUAGAAGAUUGGACGAAUGGGUACCUCGUGACAGAAUCAUGUCCAGCAGAUUUGACAUGAAUGAAAUAGAGCGGCAUGAUAGGAAUUCUGGAACUGAUUUAUUAGCAGACUCUUCUGAUCGCAAAAUUACUAGAAAUCAGAAAAGACGCCACGAUGAGAUUAAUCAUGUACAAAAGACUUAUGCAGAAAUGGACCCUACCACAGCUGCACUAGAGAAAGAACAUGAAGCAAUAACAAAAGUCAAAUAUAUAGAUAAAAUACAAAUCGGAAAAUAUGAGAUUGAUACUUGGUAUUUCAGUCCAUAUCCAGAAGAAUAUGGCAAGCAACCAAAGCUUUGGAUCUGCGAAUACUGCUUAAAGUAUAUGCGUCUCGAAAAAACGUACAGAUAUCAUAUGAGUGAAUGCACUCAUAGACAGCCAGUUGGAAAAGAAAUCUACCGAAAAGGAACAUUAAGUAUUUGGGAAGUAGAUGGCAGAGAACACAAAAUAUAUUGUCAGAAUUUGUGUUUGUUAGCUAAAUUAUUCUUGGAUCACAAAACGCUUUAUUUUGAUGUAGAGCCAUUUCUUUUUUAUAUUUUAUGUGAGGUGGAUAAACAUGGUGCACAUUUAGUUGGGUAUUUUUCAAAGGAAAAAGAAUCACCUGAUGGUAAUAAUGUUGCAUGUAUCUUAACUCUGCCACCCUUUCAAAGGCAAGGCUAUGGUAAAUUAUUGAUAGCUUUUAGCUAUGAAUUAAGUAGAAUUGAACAAACAGUUGGAAGUCCAGAGAAACCUUUAAGCGAUUUAGGAAAAUUAUCUUACCGCAGUUACUGGAGUUGGAUUCUGUUGGAAAUCCUUAGAGAUUUUAGAGGAACACUUAGUAUUAAAGAUCUUAGUCAAAUGACCAGUAUCUCGCAAACUGACAUCAUAUCAACACUACAAAGUAUGAAUAUGGUUAAAUAUUGGAAAGGACAACAUGUUAUUUGUGUCACACCAAAAUUAGUGGAAGAACAUAUAAAGAGCAGUCAAUACAAGAGGCCACGUCUUACAGUCGAUAGUAGUGCAUUGAGAUGGGGAGCACCACCUCGGAAGAACGUGAAACCCGGCAAGAAAUAGCACCUAAGUGGGUCAAUGUGAUUUUUUUUUACAAUAAUGUAAUUAUGACUUAACGAUAUCAUUUUAACAUUCGAUAAAUAAUUGAGCACAUUAAUUCAAACAAUAUAAUAUUUAUAAAUUUAUAAGCCUCUUUGUAGAGCAUUUGCAAUCGUAAUUAAUAUCAAACUUUUCAUUUUAUAAGCAUCUCUUGUGAAAUAAUUGGUCAAUAGGCAACAUAUACUUGAUAAAAUAUGUGCAAA